GUAAGCGUGCGGUUCUACUUUGAAGCACGUGAGCCACGGAACCGAUCCUCACGUUUUCGCUGAUGUCCCGCGGUGAUCGCGUCGCGAAUGGAUCUACGCAGGUCGAGGCCGGUUACAAUUUCGCUCGGUAAGAUCACGUGGAAUGAGACAAGGGUGAUUCUAAAUGUCUCGUAAAUGUCAAGUUGUCCGAAAUCCGUUGCCGAGUGUGUGGCCAAGUGAUAGAUCGGGGAAAUUGUCGAGGAUCGCGUGAACCCCCGAUCGCGUGUAUCGAGGGUCGCGGCUUGAAAUUUUCCCGGAAUACAUUUUCGUAAUCCGCGUCCUUCGCUGACACCGUCUGCACGACAGGACGUCGAUCGGCGCGGGCCUCUCCUUCGGCGAAGUGACGUGACUCGCGAUACUUCCGGCUUCCGCGAGCGAGCUUUCCCCGACGUCGGAUGGGAAAGGGAUCGCUCUGACGGUCGCUUUUAUCGAUCGAUCGAAACGUGCGAGGCGAAUCGACCCUCGUCAUCCGCGGAGGAUCCACGCUCCGAAAUUUUCGGAGCAACUCGACCGAGUCCCACGCUGCGCUCCGCUUUCAAUUGGUCACGGACCGUCACGAGAGCGAGUGGGUUAUUAUUAAUUUCAUCGUGAGGAGAGAGAAAGAGCCGCUCGGUUACUCGCAGUUACUUCGCCCGACGAAACGAUGAGUACCCGUUGGAGCAUCAGGCAUUAGACGUGCAAUUUUGACAGAGUGGUACUCUGACUUAUCUCUCUCUCUCUCUCUCCCUCCUCUUCUCUUCUCCUCUUCUCGACAAUCGUUUCGAUCUACGCAUGUGUGAAGCGACGAUUUAAACGACGUCGAAAGGUGCCGGAGUGUCUGUGAAAUUUUUACUUGUGCGCCGCACAAAGUGCAGUGAAUGAAGGAGAUCUGGAUUGAAAGGGCCGCGACCGCAAAGGGAGGAAUACCCCGAGUCUCCGUUCGCAACGGACGAUAAGACGGGCCGGGAGAUCGCGCGACUCCAAUAACAACAGGCCUGUUUCUUUCUCCACUCCCCCGCCUCUCUUGGCCAAGUGUACAGAGGGACAGGUGCCGCCGAGACAGAGGGUUUCUCGCCGUCUCGUCGUAUUUUAACGCGCCCGCCGCGAAGUUUAAUUUGGGAUACGUUACCCAGGGUUUUCGCGCGCUUUGACGUAACGCGGUCGGUCGCGCGCCAUCCAUCGACGUCGCGGGUUUCCCCUUUGAAGUCCAAACCGGAAGGAUCGUUUAUACGAAGCGACGAAUACGCUCGUGUGUUUGCCUUGGGUGAUUCGAGAGCAGACGACGACGACGACGACGACGACGACGUGCACGUGUGAUCGCGUCGCCGCGAUCGUUUAUCCCCCCGUCCACGCGCUGCGUGGCUCGACGAAAAGUCUCCCACAACUUCCUCCGUCUCUGUCGCCGUCGAUGACAAAGAGAAGCGAACCUUCUCUCCUCGAUGUGCGACCCCACCGCGUUGCUGGAUCUAGUGCCGGGCGAGGGAUUACUCAAGAGGCCGUCCAUGGAUUAUAACGAGUACACGUACUGCUACGGCGGUGGUCGAGGGUGUUUGUUGGACAGUUCGGCACCGCGGGGCCCACCUGAUGUGCCACCCCGUAAUCCCGCAAUGAGCCGGCUCAACGGAAGACUGCCAGGAAGUCACGCAGCGAGUGAUCACGAACGCGAUCCUGAUCUCGAGCCAUCCUGCCUCGUACGCACCCCAUCCGGUAACUUCUACAAUAUACCAAAGAUACCGAAGAAUGAAUACAACAACAAGAAUCAGUCUACGGGGAACAGUCCAAUAAAGGUGGAGCUGCAGAACAACAUGGACAGGGUACCUUUACCUUACGGGCACGCCCCGUCGAUGAUCCCGAUGAGGAGACAAAGCAUCCGCUGUCAUUUCCGCAAGGGAAUCGAUUGGUGCAGCUGGAAACUAAUUGCCAUAGUAGUAAUUAUGCUCUCGCUCUGCUUGACCGCGGCAUUAACCUACGUCGCAGCGUCCAAUUUAGUGAACUGGUCGUACCAAGGCUCCAAGGCGUGCACGGUCCUGGUAGGCGAGAACACAGAUGCGAAACCGUCGUCGAGCGAAGCGAACAAGACGUCCACGUCGUCCACUUCAACGACGUCGCAAUCGGGCGGCAAGACGCGGCAGCCAUCAUCGUCAGGAGGUAGUAUUAGCACGUCGGAUAGCAUGUUGCUAGAUGGUGUCGUAUACAGCCGUAAGCGUAGGGAAGCGUUUAAUGAGCAUGCAUUGCACCAAACUGUCGCGCUGCCACCCCCUCGUGACCCCGAGGAGCCGUCCUUGAUUCCGACCGCCCUUGAGGCUGAGACCUCGGGGUUCGAGCAGCGAUCAGUCCCGUUGCAUGACAAGUUCCCCGGUAAAGUUGUGCAUGAUUCGGAGCAUGCGGAUGGUCCAGGUCCGGCGAAGGAGGCUGUCGACCGUUCGAUCGAAGCUAACGAGGUCACCGAGGAGUCGCUUGUUGUCAAUGUCUCCGCCACUACUACUAAUUACUCGCACGAUCAUACAACUCACAUCACUGUCGCUGAUCAUCUCUCCUCUUCGUCCUCUGUCUCUGUCGGCUCUGGUCGUUCUUCCGCGUCGACCUCCGAAUUCAGUCGCGAGUCGCCCGACGACGAGGCGUCCGCCACGACGUCCUCGUGGCUCCCCGAAAUUUUUCCGGUCGUCGACAAAGACGCCGUUGAUGCGCUCGAGAAAUCGGCGACGCGAGAAGAACACGUUGUAAUGAAAGCCCCGAACUCGAAACUUGUCCGCGAUGACUCCGCGGAUUUCGACCGCGACACCGAUAACGCCAGCAUGUCCGAAAGUUCGGACAUUGGCGAAAGCGGUACCGAAGCUACGACGUCUGCAUCCGACGCGGAGUCCGCGAAACUUGGCGCAGAUAGCAGCGAUUACGACCGAGUAGUUGGCGGAACUAUAGAAAAUGACAGCAACGUUUCCCCCGUCGAUUAUAACGGUAAUAUAGAUGUUGCCGAUACCAUUGUAGAAGCUGUAACAGAGGUGCGCUCGAUUGAACUAACGGAGGAUCAAGGAUCGAACGUAAGUAAUUUCAAUACGAGUGAACAGUUAGUUUCUGUAGAAAUGGAUCGAAACAAGGUAGACGCUAGCACUGUUUCGUCUAAUGUAAACGAUGAAGAAACGACAUUUCGUGCAUUGUUAAGUAACGAUGAGAAAAUCAAAGAGUCUGAGGAACAUAGAAUCAAGAUUGAAGGUGAGCACGAUAAAUCUAAAGAAGAAAUUAUCUCGGACGAAAACAAUGGAUCAGCUGUCUUUACGGAGGAUAUCUCAAAGACAAUAAAUAUGACCACGAAAUCAAUAAAAUCUCAGACGUCGGACAUUGUGAAAGAAACACGAGAGCUUUCCCAGGAAAGUUCGUCGUCCGAGUCCGAAGCCUCAUUCAAUAUCGUUAACCCUCCUGAACAGUCCGAAGAACUUCAGAAAGACUAUCCCCUACCGAUCUAUAGCUAUGGACAAGACGAGAUAGAGAUUGUCGAUCUUCAUCGUAAGAAGCAAUCGAUCGGAAAAGCAAAAAAUCCUACUAAAACAUCUGAAAUUCUUGAUAACAAUGUAAAGAUGAAAGUCGUUUCCCGAGAGAGUCGUCAAAAUAAAGACGAUGUACGAAUCAUCACGAGAGAAGAGAGCGACGACGAGUUGCUUCGGAAGUUUAAAGAGAAGUUCCACGAAGCGGCUGUCGAUGCUAACGAACCCGUUGAAAAUUCCUCGUUAAUUAGAACCAAUUAUAAUUCACCUCCAACGAGUACUCUGCAUGAAACGGUGCAUGAUUCAUCGGGCAACGCGUCACCCAGGUUCCCCUCUAAUACGGACCAUCUGUCUAAUUCACCGAUCACUCAACGAGUACAGAUCAUAGAGGUGCCCGUGUAUCGCGACGCUCAUUCCGGCCCAUCAUCGUCUUCAUCAUCAUCGUCACCGCAUCGAGUGCUCAUAAACGUAACGAUCGCUGCCGAGAAUCCAUCUGCCGCUUCUUCGAGGCCGCUGUACGUCCUCUCGGUAUCGGUGCCGACCGAGGACGGCCAUUCGUCCGGGAUUAACAUCGAUCAAGCGCAGGUGCCGCCUGCAGCGAGCAUGAAAAAAAUCCCUGCUAAGGAUGCCGAAUCGAUAAGCGUGGUCGAUACGCGAUUACCGCCACCGCCGCAACCACCUGCUUCGCCUCCGGCGCCCAUCUGGGCCGGUGGUGAGUGCGAGUGCUCCUGCCCGUGCAUGGGCUCGUCCUCUGAUGAAUGGGACAAUUUUUCAGCGAUCGAUGACAAUCUGGAACAAGAGCUCGAGAGCGUUAAUGCCACUAUGUUGGACGACGAACUCCUAGAAUCGGGAGAGAAAUCGGCGGACGGAAGAGAGCAAGAUACGGAAUCAGCGGUGAAAGAUUCGGCGAAGAUCAAUGCGACGAUUUCCACCACCGAAAACUAUUAUCUCUCGACGAUGGACGACCUUGCUAAGAAUAGCGAAUCAAUCGAUGGGAGCUCCACUUCAACUUACGAGCCAGAAGUAAGCACCGAUCCGUGGGUUUGUUCGGGGAGCACCGCACUCCCCCCCGAGCCUACUAUACUGAUCCUUGAAGGUGCGCGAACUUUCCCGGCGCGGUCUUUCCCGCCAGACGGGACGACCUUCGCCCAGGUCAGUUUAGGACAGAAGCUCAGCAAGGAGAUACCGCCGUACGGCUACUGGAACAUGCAGUUUUAUCAAUCGGAGGCCGCCUACGUGCGUUUCGACUACAGCAUCCCGCGCGGUGCCAGCAUCGGCGUAUACGCGCGAAGGAACGCGCUGCCCACGCACACGCAGUACGAUCUUCUGGAGGUUCUCAGCGGCUUCAAGGCUCGGACCACCAGGGCGUCCCAUGUUAGUGUUAUUCCUUCGAUUAAGAAGGAGGUAACUCAGUACAUGGAGCCAGGGCACUGGUUCCUGUCGCUUUACAACGACGACGGAGAUCCCCACGAAGUCUCGUUUAUUGCUGUGAUUGCCGAGGAUAUGACGCAUAACUGUCCGAACGGUUGCAGUGGCAAAGGCGAAUGUCUCUUAGGUCAUUGUCAGUGCAAUCCUGGUUUUGGUGGCGAAGAUUGCAGCGAGAGUGUCUGCCCUGUUCUUUGCAGUCAAAGAGGGGAGUACAUAAACGGCGAGUGCCAAUGCAAUCCCGGCUGGAAGGGCAAGGAGUGCUCCCUGCGACACGACGAGUGCGAGGUGCCCGAUUGCAACGGCCACGGCCACUGCACCAACGGUAAAUGCAACUGUGUACGCGGCUACAAGGGGAAGUAUUGCGAAGAGGUUGACUGUCCACAUCCGACUUGCUCGGGCCACGGUUUUUGCGCCGAGGGCACGUGCAUCUGUAAAAAGGGUUGGAAGGGAGCUGAUUGCAGUCAAAUGGACAAGGAGGCAUUGCAGUGCCUGCCAGACUGCAGCGGUCAUGGAAAUUUCGAUCUCGAGACCCAGACCUGCCUCUGCGAGCCCAUGUGGUCUGGUGAUGAUUGCUCGAAAGAACUGUGUGAUCUCGAUUGCGGCCCUCACGGACACUGCGUGGACAACGCUUGCGACUGCUUGCCAGGCUGGUCCGGCGAGCUUUGCAAUCUGAAGCAAUGCGACCCUCGUUGCAACGAGCACGGACAAUGCAAGAAUGGCACGUGUCUAUGCGUCACCGGAUGGAACGGAAAACACUGCACGAUGGAGGGAUGUCCGAAUUCUUGUUCCGGCCAUGGACAGUGCAGGGUGUCGAAUGACGCGCAAUGGGAGUGUCAGUGUUACGACGGUUGGGACGGCAAGGACUGCAGCGUACUUUUAGAGCAGAACUGCAACGAUGGACGAGACAAUGAUAAAGAUGGUCUCAUUGAUUGUGCCGAUCCGGAAUGUUGCUCCAAUCACAUAUGCCGCAGCAGCCAGCUGUGCGUCUCAGCGCCCAAGCCAAUCGAUAUAUUGCUACGGAAACAGCCACCCGCCAUUACUGCUUCCUUCUUCGAGAGAAUGAAGUUCCUAAUCGACGAGGGCAGUCUGCAGAACUACGCUCGUCAGGAGACCUUCAACGAGAGUAUGUUCUGGAAUCACUUCAAUACAAGCCGAUCGGCCGUCAUACGCGGCCGCGUCGUUACCCAUCUCGGCACGGGACUCAUGGGAGUGCGGGUCAGUACCAGCACACCGCUGGAAGGCUUCACCCUUACGAGAGAUGACGGCUGGUUCGAUCUAUUGGUGAACGGCGGCGGUGCCGUAACUUUGCAAUUCGGUCGAUCUCCCUUCAAGCCACAGAGUCAUAUCGUCUUCGUGCCUUGGAAUGAGGUCGUCAUAAUCGACAAAAUUGUUAUGAGCACUGCCGAGGAGAAGCCGCCCGUUCAUGUUCCACACGCAUGCGCCGCUCACGAUUACGAUCUGAUGAAGCCUGUCGUCCUGGCGACCUGGAAGCACGGGUUCCAAGGAGCCUGCCCGGAUAAGAGCGCCAUUUUGGCGGAGUCUCAAGUUAUACAGGAGAGCUUGCAGAUACCCGGAACAGGCUUGAAUCUAGUAUAUCAUAGUUCGCGAGCGGCCGGUUAUCUCUCGACCAUACAACUGCAGCUGACUCCGGAAGUCAUACCAGCGACCUUGAAUUUGAUACAUUUGAGAAUCACGAUCGAGGGUAUACUGUUUGAGAAGACCUUCGAAGCCGAUCCAGUGAUCAAGUUCACCUACGCAUGGAAUCGCUUGAACGUCUACCGCCAACGCGUCUACGGAGUUACGACUGCUAUGGUGAAGGUUGGCUAUGAGUACAGCGAUUGCAAGGACAUUAUCUGGGAUGUGCAAACGACGAAGUUGAGCGGUCACGACAUGUCCAUCUCGGAAGUCGGCGGUUGGAACUUGGACAUUCAUCAUAGAUACAACUUCCACGAGGGUAUUUUGCAGAAAGGAGACGGCUCAAAUAUUUAUCUGAAACAUAAACCGAGAGUUAUUCUCACCACGAUGGGAGAUGGUCAUCAGAGACCGUUGGAUUGUUACGAUUGCGACGGGCAAGCUUCCAAGCAGCGUCUCUUAGCGCCCGUUGCUCUUGCCACUGCAGCAGACGGCUCCAUUUUUGUCGGUGAUUUUAAUCUAGUCAGGAAGAUUCUCGUCGAUGGAACAGUCAGAACUGUAGUCAGAUUAAAUGCAACGAGGGUAUCAUAUCGUUAUCACAUCGCUCUGAGCCCGCUGGACGGCGUUCUCUAUAUAUCGGAUCCGGAAUCUCAUCAAAUCAUUCGCGUACGCGACACCAACGACUACACGGAUCCCGAUCAUAACUGGGAGACAGUAGUCGGUUCCGGGGAACGUUGUCUUCCUGGCGACGAAGCUCAUUGUGGCGAUGGUGCGCUGGCACGAGACGCUAAACUCGCUUAUCCCAAGGGCGUUGCCGUCUCUGCCGAUAAUGUCUUGUACUUUGCCGAUGGCACAAAUAUACGAAUGGUCGACAGAGACGGUAUUAUCACCACCGUGAUUGGUAAUCAUAUGCACAAAUCGCACUGGAAACCCAUACCUUGUGAAGGAACGUUGAACGUCGAAGAGGUUCAUCUACGCUGGCCGACCGAACUGGCGAUCAAUCCUCUGGACAAUUCGCUGCACAUGAUCGACGAUCAUAUGGUUCUCCAGCUGGCCCCGGAUGGUCGUGUCAAGGUCGUUGCCGGUCGUCCACUUCACUGCGCCUCUCCGUCAGCCUCGUUUGACACGGAACUCGCGACUCACGCCACUCUUGUGAUGCCACAGAGCGUUGCAUUCGGUCCAUCGGGCGACCUUUACAUCGCCGAGAGCGAUUCCCAGAGGAUCAAUCGCGUUCGUGUAAUCGGGACUGACGGCAAGAUCUCACCGUAUGCUGGUGCUGAGUCCAAGUGCAAUUGCCUGGAGCGCGGUUGCGAUUGCUUCGAGGCCGAUCACUAUCUGGCAUCCACCUCCAAGUUUAAUACUAUAUCCGCUGUGGCGGUUUCACCCGACGGAGUAGUGCACAUUGGCGAUCAGGCUAACUAUCGCAUUCGUUCGGUGACGGCGAGCAUUCCUGACGCGAGCGGUGCGCGAGAAUACGAGAUUUACGCACCUGAUACGCAAGAAAUCUACGUAUUCAAUCGGUUCGGCCAGCACAUUGCCACGAAGAACAUUCUGACCGGCGAGACUGUGUAUCUCUUCACAUACAACGUUAACACUAGCAAUGGUAAGCUCAGCACUGUGACGGACGCGGCUGGCAACAAGGUCUUUUUGUUAAGAGACUACAGCAGCCAAGUGAACUCGAUCGAAAAUACAAAGGGACAAAAAUGUAGACUAAGAAUGUCCAGAAUGAAGAUGUUGCACGAACUGAGCACGCCCGAUAAUUACAACGUUACUUUCGACUAUCACGGACCCACUGGUUUGCUGAAGACAAAGCUCGAUAGUACCGGCCGCAGUUAUGUUUACAAUUAUGAUGAAUUUGGCAGACUGACCAGCGCAGUGACACCCACAGGCAAAGUGAUCAGCUUGACUUUUGAUCUUAGCCUGAAAGGCGCCAUAGUCAAAGUUGGACAGAACAACAGAAAGCCCAUCUCGAUGUUGAUCAAAGGAUCGUCUGUUGUCACGAAGGUCGGAGAGGCCGAGCAAAGGACAACAGUUCUCGCCGAUGGCUCGGUUGGAAGAGUAACGCCAUGGGCUCACACCGUCAGCACCGAUAGUAUGCCGUACUCGAUUCUGGCUGAAAUCGAACCUCUAUUAGGUGAAAGCUAUCCCGUGCCGGCUAAACAGAGAACAGAGAUCGCUGGCGAUCUGGCUAAUCGUUUCGAGUGGCGAUAUUUCCUCCGAAAGAUUCAAGGAAAUAAAAAUCGCGGAAACUCGAAGGCAAUCGCUCAGGUCGGCAGGAAGCUCCGAGUCAAUGGCGAGAUCCUGCUGUCUCUCGAAUAUGAUAGGGAAACAAACACUGUGGCUGUGUUUAUGGACGACCGGGUAGAACUGUUGAAUGUUACAUAUGAUAGAACCGCUAGACCCGUUAAAUGGGGACCGAGAAAUGGCAUCUUUGCUGGUGUUGAAUUGGAAUAUGAUCGAUUCAGCAGACUGAUUAGUUGGACGUGGGGCGACAUCAGCGAAACAUAUGGCUUUGACAGAGCAGGUCGAUUGUACGAGAUAAAGUACAGCGAUGGUACGUCAAUGGUGUAUGCCUUCAAAGACAUGUUUAGCAGUUUGCCGCUGAAGGUCACUACGCCACGUGGAAGCGAUUAUCUUCUUCAAUAUGACGAGGCGGGAGCAUUGCAAUCACUGACUACUCCGAGAGGACACAUCCAUACAUUCUCUCUUCAAACGUCUCUCGGAUUCUACAAAUAUCAAUAUUACUCGCCGAUGAACAGACAUCCAUACGAGAUUCUUUACAAUGAUGACGGUCAGAUUCUUGCCAAGGUGUAUCCUCAUCAAAGCGGAAAAGUUGCUUACGUCUAUGAUCAUGCUGGAAAACUCGAAACUACGCUUGCCGGAUUGUCCUCAAUACACUACACCUAUCAAGAAACAACCAGUCUAGUGCGCAGCAUCGACAUCAACGAACCAAACUUUGAGAUGCGUAUCGAAUACAAAUACCAUGCUGGCAUUGUAAAGGACGAGAAGAUCAAGUUUGGCAGCAAGAGUGGCAUGGAUAACGCUCAUUAUCGUUAUCAGUACGAUGGUAAUGCGCGUAUAUCCGGCAUCGAAGUCGACAUUAACGGCAAACAACUGCCUCAGCUUCGUCUCAAAUAUAACCAGAAUCUUGGUGUGCUAGAAGGCGUUGGUGAUCUCAGGAUAUACAGAAAUCUCUUUAAUCGAUCAGUUAUGCAAGACAGCAGCAAACAAUUCUUCACGGUCACAGAUUAUGACGAGCACGGUCGCGUUAAGACGGUGCUGAUGAACAUCCGAUCCUUCGACGUGUUUCGCAUGGAACUCGAGUACGACAAUCGCAAUCGCAUCAAGAUGAGGAAGCUCACGAUCGGGAAGGAGUCCAUGGAGAAGAAGGAAUGGUCUAGAAUGGAGAAGAUUACGUAUAAUGCUGACGGUCAUGUGCUCGAGGUAGCGGAUACCGAGAAUAAUUGGCAAUAUGCAUACGAUGAAAAUGGUAAUGUAAUUGGCGUGACCGAGCACAAUGAGAAGAUCGUCUUGGGCUAUGAUAGUGGUGAUCGAGUGGCCCAGUACGGUGACGUUGAAUUUAAUUCAUACGAUGGACGCGGUUUCGUCGUGAUUCGUGGCGAGCAUAAAUAUAGGUACAACUCACGCGGUCAGCUGAUUCAUGCGUCGGAGCACAAGAAAUUCCAAAUUUGGUACUUCUACGAUGAUCGCGGUCGACUGGUGUCGAUGAACGACGACCGAGAAAAUAUCACUCAAUUCUUCUACGCGAAUCCAAAAACUCCGGAUCUGAUAACGCAUGUGCAUUUCCCGAAGUUGUCCAAAACAUUCCGAUUCCUUUACGAUUCGCGCGACUUCUUGAUGACCGUGGAGACAUCCGAGCAACGGUUCUACGUCGCAACAGAUCAAAAUGGUUCGCCUCUCGCUCUUUUCGAUACCAAUGGCAAUCUUAUCAAAGAGAUGCGACGCACGCCGUUCGGCAAGAUUAUCAAGGAUACCAAUCCGGACUUUUAUUUGCCUAUCGAUUUCCAUGGUGGUCUCUUCGAUCCCAAUACCAAGUUGAUCUAUUUAAACAAGAGGCUUUACGAUCCAACCGUUGGUCAAUGGAUGACGCCUGCUUGGGAACAAAUGGCCAACGAGCUCACCACUCCGACCGACAUAUUCAUCUAUCGUUUCCGCAAUAACGAUCCGAUCAACUUUAAGCAAAACGUCGAGUACAUGACGGAUCUGGCGAGUUGGCUGAAACUCUAUGGCUACGACAUUUCAACUAUGCUUGGUUCUGAAUACACAAAGCAGAUGGUGUAUCAACCGAGCGCCAUCGUCACGUCUCCGCAACUGACUCCGGACUUUGGCGUAAUGUCCGGUCUGCAAUGCAUCGUAAAUCGCGUGCAAGAGAAGUUCUCCGAUCUUGGUUUCGUGCCCAAGCCGUUGCUGAAGCUGGAACCGAAAACGCGAAACCUAUUGCCGCGGGUGGCCCAUCGUCGGGCAGUUUUCGGCGAGGGUAUUCUAGUAUCGCGCGUUGGUGGUCGGGCUCUGGUGAGCGUAGUAGACGGCGUGAACAGUGUAGUGCAAGACGUGGUCACAUCCGUGUUCAACAACUCGUACUUCCUGCCGCUGCAUUUCAGCGUGCACGAUCAGGACGUCUUCUAUUUCGUCAAGGAUAACGCGCUGAAGAUCCGCGAUGAUAUGGAGGAACUUCAUCGGCUGGGCGGGAUGUUUAACGUAUCCACGCACGAGACGACGGAACACGGUGCCGGCACGUGGAAGGAGUUGAGAUUGCACAAUCCGGACGCAGCGGUGGUCAUCAAGUACGGGGCCGAUCCUGAACAGGAGCGGCACCGGAUUCUGAAGCACGCGCACAAGCGUGCCGUCGAACGCGCCUGGGAGAUCGAGAAGCAAUUGGUAAUGGCCGGUUUCCAGGGUCGAGGCGACUGGUCUAAGGAGGAGAAGGACGAGCUCAUGAGUCGCGGCACCGUCGACGGCUACGAAGGCGUCGAUAUCCACAGCGUGCAUAGGUAUCCCCAGCUCGCCGACGAUCCUGGUAACGUCGCGUUCACCCGCGACACCAAGAGGAAGAGGCGGAAGAGCGGCAACAGGCGCAACAGAACUCACCGGCACGACUCGUGAUUCGAGGACGCCACGACGCGAGUUCAAAGUAUCGCUUGGGACUUGAUUCGCGCGUGAAGCGAAGGAACGGAAGAGAAAGAGAGAGCUAGCGCGUCUUGGAAGAAACGAUAGGACGGUUUUGUCGUCGUAAUGUGAUUUGCGAAAUCGCAAUUUGUGCGAACGGCCAGCGUUGUCGCUCCCUUCUCUCCUCGAUCCUCCUCUCGGUCUCUUUCUUCUCUCUCGUACUCGUCGUUGACAGGAGAUCGCAAAGAUCUAUCACAUGAUGACGAACGAUGCAUCUCGUAAUGCAAUCGUCUGAUAAUGCAAUCUAUCGAUGUGCCAUAAGCGCGUCUAUAUGCGAUCGCUAUCGAAUUUAAAUUCUAGAUUGAUGUGCGCAGGAAGACGACGAGUGUGAGAACGGAUCGCGAAGUGUCAAAAUUAACCUAGUCGCAUUAUUAACGAAAUGAAGAAUAUAAAGCUUGUUAUAUGGUGAUUAGUUUAUACGGAAAAAAGAGAGAAAAAGGAAGAAACACAAGGAAGAGAGAGAGAGAGAAAGAGAGAGAAAAGGGAGUGGCGAAUAUAGACGCAUAUAGAGGUGCGAGACGGAAAGGAUAAAAGUGCGUGCGUAGACCUUCAAGGUGCCGUCCGAGACGAAAUCGAUAGUGUUUUUUGCGAAAAAAGAGUGGGAGAGGGAAAUGUAUGUGUCUUGGACUUUCGUCACAGAUCAUCGGUUAAAUUCGAGCUGAUGUUAAUUCAUGCAACAGGGUCUACAAGACACGCGUUAUACGCACGCACACGCGAGACAGGAGCGAGACAUCUCGAGAUCGGCGCGUCGAAGCUAGAGGAUGCGAGGCGAGGGAGAAGAUAAUUUUCAAUAAAAAAUGCAAAUGAAAGAGAGACAUGUCAGGUUUCUCUCUGUUUGAAAUGUCCUCACCUCGCAUCUCUAGUCGGGACGCCGUCGUCCGAGAAUGGACAAGUGAGAGUGAGAGAGAGAAAGAGAAAGAGACAAACGUGGAGAAUAGAUAUAUACAGCAGAUAUUUUUAACAUGGCGCAAAUUGGUGUACUAGGUGCGAGACGAGCAAUUGUAAAUAUAGCUACACUCGAACUUAAUGAUAAAUGUAGAUAAAGUAUCGUAAUGUGUAAAAGAAAUGCGC